AUGGCUGCCGAUCUCCCCAACCCGCUUGCCACUAUGGCCGACCUCGACCAAACCGAGAUCUGCCUACUCAAAGAGGCACUGGCGCAGGCGCAGGCCAGGAUCAAGCACCUUGAGGAACUCGAGGACCUGGAUCAGACCGAGAUUGUCCUCCUUCAGGCUCGUAUCGAUGAGCUGACAAAGCUCGUCGAGUUUCUCCAGGCAGAGAACCGCCGUCCUGGAGAUGAGCGUAUCCAUGAUGGUGACGAGACCCAGCAAGAGCACCAGAAUGGUGGCCCCCUUCACCUCGAGCGUACUGAUGUCGACGCUUACUCCGGCCCUGCCUCGCCUGUCGAGAAUGAGGGAGUCAACCUCGAACUCAACGACCAGGAAAUUGACGAUGCUGCUAAGGACGGCCAUCUCUCUGUCUCUGACAGCGGCUUUGAGGGAUACGGCUCAGAUGGCGAUUCCGACUAG